AUGGCUGAACCAUGUGGAACUGCCCACGACCCUCCAGGUCAUAUCGACCUUGAAGAAAUUACACAGAAUGCCCAUAAACUUUUGCAGGAAGCUAUUGUUAAAUCUAAUAAUUUACCAAGAGAUUUGUCAUGGAAGCUUUAUGCAUCACAUCGCCAUUUUAGAAAUGCCACUGAUCAACUCAGCAAGAACACUAUAGUAUUAUCUAAUUGUUUAAUAAAUCAUGACUACCCCAAACAAGCCAAUUUUAAAAACGGAGAAAUAGAAAAUAAUUUAGAAAAGCUUAUGGAUAUUAACAAUGAUGAACUAGAUAAAGUGAAGUUGAAGAUUGAGAAAGUAAAAAAUGGAGACAAUCAUACAAAUGAGCAGAUUUUCAACAAACCAAUUGUCAAUCCUUUCAUGACAUUUAGAAGGAACAAUACAUUGAGUUUAUUACCAGAUAGUAACACAGUCAUGCCUCAAAUAAACUUCAAAGACAAAAUUGAUAACACUUACUCACUUUGGCAGCCUAUUAUUACAUAUAAACCCAACAAUAUACAACCUCUUCAGGUCCAACUUGAGGUUGAUGAUGAUGGCAAUGAUCUUGGAUACACACACCCUUACCAAAUUGAGUUAGACCUGUAUGAACCUCCCAAACAUUUUCUGGAAGAAGAUGAUCAACCCUUAGAAUUUCCACCUCCAAUUGAAUCUACAGUAUUCACAUAUGUUGAUACAAUCGAACAACUUCAGAAUCUUGUGAAUGAACUACAUCUUGCUAAUGAAAUAGCAGUGGAUUUGGAACACCAUAGCUAUUAUUCUUACCAAGGUUACACAUGUUUGGUUCAAAUUUCCAUUACAAAUCAGGAUUUUGUGAUUGAUGCUUUGAAGCUCCGCGAACACUUGCAUCUUCUGAAUGAGUCAUUUACAAACCCUAAGAAACUAAAGGUGUUUCAUGGUGCGUGUAAUGACAUAAGGUGGCUACAACGUGAUUUUGGUGUGUAUGUAGUAGGAAUGUUUGAUACAUACGAGGCGUCUUUGGUUCUUAAUUUCAAAGGGAAAAAACUGUUAGACCUCUUAAAGCGAUUCUGCAAUGUUGAAACGGAUAAAAGAUAUCAAACGGCGGAUUGGCAAAUAAGACCUUUGCCCAGUGAAAUGAUUUUAUACGCCCGAAGGGAUACCCAUUAUUUGAUAUAUAUUUGGCGCGAAAUGAAAAAGUUGUUAUUGAAGGAUCCGAACGGAAUGAACUUAAGACAAGUUUUUGAAAAUAGCAAGCGAAUUUGUUUAUAUAAAUACAUGAAACCAAAAUUUACACAAUCUAGCUAUUUGGAGUUAUAUAAUCGGUCUAACAAAACAUUCAACUCCCGCCAGCUGGCUGCAUUCAAAUUAUUAUUCAAAUGGAGAGAUAACCAAGCUCGAAGUGCAGAUAGAAGUGUUGAAUAUAUAAUGAACAAUUCCAUAUUAUUCAAAUUGUCCGAGGAAUUGCCGGGCGACACGGAAACUGCCCUGCGAUGUUGUCAAGGUGCCACUCCAACUUUGAAGAAUCAUUUGGUCAUGAUACUACCUAUAUUAAUAUCGUGUCGGGAUUUACCGUUGGAACCUACUCUCUACCAUACACCAGCGUCAAUUAUGAGUGCAUUGGAACACGUCGAACAAGAAAAUCAAAGUGAAAUGUUACAAGCAUUUUCAAGUGAUGUGACCAAGCAAGAAGAGCCACUAACAACUUUGGCGCCAUACGCCCCCACUACGGGAAUACUCGCCUCGAUUUCUAGUACUUUGGCUCAGAACAUUUACAGAAGAGGAUUCCUUCCACCCUAUGAGAGAUACAAAUUCUACCGUAAUCUGCUUCGGAAAGAAUACUUUGGGAAGCUAUUCAAUUAUAUCCAAGGCAGUGACCAGAGUACCGAUCAACCUGCAAAAAGUAUAAAAGAGGAUGCCGCCUGCAAAGUGAUCUCUGAACCCUAUCUGCAACUGAAGUUAACCAAUUCCGCUUCGAACGAUAAUGGUGAAGGCCCCAGCUGUAGUGGUAUAAGGAAGCAACAGGCCUAUGUAACAGGACAUUAA